AACGCGUACCUCAUACCCCAACUUGCUUGGUCCGAUCUAUUUUGCUCUCUUUACACUUUCGUGGAUAUAAUUUUGCUCGCGUUCAGUAUUCCAUAUUCCUCUAUCCAAUACCUUGUAAAUGCCUUGGACCCAAGUUACUUUCGGGUUGCUCCGGCGGCGGAGAGGUACUAUCCAAAUUUAAGACCAUUCGUGCACCUGAGAAAAGCAAACAUCACUUUUGAACAACGUUACCGAUAUGGAUUACCGAUAUAUCGAUAUGGAUUACUGUUGGCAUUUUUAGGUUCGGUGGGAAUGACAACUCAUCAUUGGACUGCUGCGAUUAAGUAUUCUUCGAAUAAUGCUUCGAUUAGCUGCACAAGCAAUGCGCUAGGUGUAUCAGAAACUAUUAACACUACACUACACAUUCGUCCUUCUUGCGUGUGGUCAAUUCUACCGAAUAUGGCAGUGAUUUUCUGUUACUCACGGGUAAUGAUCGCGUAUGGUUCAAAGUGGAAGACAAAGCUACAAACCUUGCUCUCUUCAAAUCGCGUUGGAAACCGACAAAUCUUUUCGUCAUCCUCACUACAACAUUCAUAACUACUUGGACUCCAACAUUUGGGAGACCAAUCGUCAAACGGUUUUCUGUCUAUAGUUUAUUCUUGAACUUUUCCAAUUUCAAACUUUUUAUUUAUUCCAGAAAAAUAUCAUUAUUAUCAGAAUGAACCAGCGAAUCUACCAUCUAGCGAUAAUGCUUUCUUCAGAUUACAUUUGCUCCAAGUUUAAUGCCGAAUUAAAAUGAUCACAACUUUUAGCAAAAGCGCAUAUGCUCCGCAUGCACUACUUCGAACUGUUCGUCGAUGCAUUUGAAAUACAGUUUUUAAGUUUGGACGGACGAUUCUGUCAAAGUUUUAAAGAGAGUAUCUGCCUCAGCGAGUUACUCUAUUUACUUUUAAAAGACCACCCAUACCAUAUCCAAGUCAAUAAAGGGCUAAAUUGGUCUCUUCAGCCGCCUGAAAUUGUUUAUAUAUCACUCUCAUUUGGAAGAUGAAUUAAUUUAGCUGAGGGUAAAAACAGUCAUGUGUUUACUUUCUCAAUAGAAAGGAAAUUUAAAACUGAGUUGUUAUGAAAAACUUAAAAAUAUUUUAAUGAAUAGAAGAAAGAAUACAUUACUAGAGUUCUCAUGAUGAAAAAAUUAUUUUUAAUGAAGACAUGCUUUUGCUUGCUUUUCUUUUUUUGGACGACACUAAUUCUUGUUGAAAUAUGAUCGCCGCAAGGUUAAUUAUUCUGUUAUCUUGUUAGCAAAUGAAAUUUGAAUCAAAACUUAUAGUAUUUGUGUUAUUAGGGUAGGGACAGCUGUCUCAUGCUCCUGAUUACAAAAACUUAAAGCACAAAUUAUUGAUAGAUUUACAAAAACAGGAGUAUACCUUAUUAUAUUAGAUAUAUACUGCGACCAUGCCAAAUUAAAAUUUAGAUAGAACUUUACUUAAACGAAGGUAUUUCUCGUGUUGUUGAGUCUUGUUUAUCUGGGUAAACUGCCCUGCAAUUCAGGAUCGCAAAAGAUUUUCAUGUUGCUUUUAUUUCGUUGUAAUAGUAGAGAGAUACUAUUUGAUUCUUAAAUCUUUUGUGCACAUGAAAAAAGUGGGCAAGUCUCUGAUGUGGAAAGUUACUCUCACAAUAUGGUUUUAAGUCAUAAUUUUAGGUAUUAGAACAUCUAUCAUCGAUUCAAAGAUGUUUCGGGUCAGAUAUGUUUGUAAUAAUGUUACCGUGACAACGGAAGAUUCACCACCCACUGAUAUCGAAACUGUUCAUAUUGCCUACCCAUUUUUUUUUACUAGCAAUCUGUCUUGUUAUACCGAGUACUGUUUUCAUCUACUGUUACUCGCAUGUGAUUUAUCAUGUGUGGUUUAAUGCUGAGGAGAAUAAAGCCACGAACACAGCGCUCUUAAAAUCGCGCCGCAAACUGACCAAACUUUUCAUUAUCCUUACUGUUACAAUAAAAGCCAAUCGUGAAACAGUUUGCGAGAAAAGAACGGAUAACAAGCUACGAGCUGAUCUCUUUAUUGCUUGCUCUCAUCGGUUUGACGGUGAAUCCAUUAUUUAUGCUUUUCGUUGCCCAAGAUUUCGCCACGAAGCAAUAAAAAUAUUACCUUGUUUUUGCUGUAAGAAGGAAGAGCUUCGUCCAAAUAGCCUGAGUGGUAACAGGGUCGGUUUGCAGCAAACGGCCUCUGUAUGA